UAAUCAGUCACUUUAGACAAAGCAGGGUUCUCCUGUGAGUCUCGUUGAAUUAUAUAGUAAUCUUGAAUUCAAUAAAAUGUGUAACUAAUGAUAAACAAAGAUAACGCAAAAAUACUUAUUAUGUGCUCAAAAGUGUACUGCGAGCACAGAUAGAUUUUAAUUUGUUAAUAGUGUCUUAAAGUUAUUAAGCAUUUUUUAUUGGCGCAAUUGUUCAAAUGGGUGUGUUCUAUUAAAGUUUAGUGGUAAUCGAAGUGUCCGAAGUGGAAGAACAUAUAGUUUCAAAAAGAAAUUGACCCAAAAUUUAUCAAAUAAAUUCGUUGCCUUAUACAACUGAGAUAAUUCGAUUCAUUCUACAAUUUAGCUAGUUAAGCUUAGUUAGUGCUCGAAAGCGGCCUAUUCGAUGACUUGAAUCCCGUUUUUUCAAUACCAGUGAUGUGAUUUUUCCUAUGAAUAGACCCAUUUUAAUACAAAAAGGCAUGUAAAGGCAUUUUGAAUCAUGCUGGCUAAAAACCUGGUGUGGCUAUUUUUUUGCUUUGCGUUGUCUGGGAACACGUUAACCACGAGCUGCAAGAAGGAGAAAACAUGCAAAACUUCUCGAACUCUCGGCCUGAAAACUUCCGACUGUUACAAGAUGGAUUUAAAAAAAUUCCCUACCUGUCUACCACCUAAUGUUGAGGUAGUGGAAUUAUCUUACAACCGAAUUCGAAAAGUUGAAUAUGAUGAUUUGCACCGAUACCCGUACAUAACACAUCUGUACUUAACGGACAAUUUAAUAUCCAAACUGGACGACGACAUUUUCAAAGACUCAACAAGCUUGGAGACCUUGGACUUAUCCGUAAAUGCCCUUUUCCGGGUGCCACCAAGCAUUUUUCAACUACCGACCUUAAAAACGCUUUACUUGAGCCAAAAUAUGAAUAUCAAUGUGGCCGAAUCGCUUGAAAACGCAAAACCUAUAUUACAGUCUACACUCACUAAAUUGGAUAUUAGCUACAUCACUGAAGAUGGUUAUGCAACCGAUUUUCCAGAUUUUAGCGAUUUACCUCUGUUGGCUUUUGUCAAUAUUUCAGGGGAUCAAUUUAAUUAUCUUUCUCCAAGGCAUUUUGCUGGGCUGUGUAACUUGCAAAUUUUAGCAAACAGUAAUGCAACUGCUGAAUUUGAAAACGAUUGCGAUUGCUGGAAGAUUAAUCGAUGGUUAGCUGAACGGAAAGUGGUAUUUACUGAUUUUCAGUGUCCGAAUAACAAAGAAGGUAUGCAUUUAAUGUGUAAUUUUCAAAACUAUAAUGUUCAUUGUUACGCAGACUGCAUAGACGACCAAAUAGAAUUCGACGACUUGGAAGCAUUCAGUAAAUGUAUGGAGAAAUUGCAGAAUAUACAAUUCGCGCUGUAUUUAAAGAAGGUUUGGAUCUGGAUAGGAGUCGCUGUUAUAUUAAUAUUUUUUCUAUCAAUUAUCAUCGUCUAUAUAAAAUGGAGAAAAAACAAGCAAAAAAAGAGACUUACGAAAAGAGCGAAACCCUUGAUAAAGCCGCCUUUAGCUAUAGAACACAAAGAUCAAUUUCAGUUAAUGGAGCGAUUAAAUGAUUGAAGCGGCAGCUAUUAUUAUUAUUGUGUGAUAUUUGGUUUAGUAGUCUUGGUUUAUUUCCAUUCUUUGCAAAUUUCAUAAUGGUGCUAGCGCAACCAUAUUAGAUAUAAGUUCAGUCACGAAUAUAAAUAAUAGAUAGUAAUUUAGGUCUUCAUCAUGCGCAACUAAAGUCCAAAUAAAUAAUUUGCAUAAACAAGUAUUAUACGAAUUUUGUUAAAAAUGUUUUAAUAAUAGUUUAUAAGAAUGGGUUAAUAAAUGUUUCUUUGAUUUGCUGUCGCAAAUCAGAGAAGCAAAGGAGAGCACAUGUAAAGAAUUCAUAAAACUUCAAUUGCCAUACGAAAAA